AUGACCGAGGACCAAUCCACACCUCAGCAAGCUCCGCCCGCUGCUCAAGCUCCUCUCAAAUCGCAGAAAAUCACAGAUAUUGUUGACACCUUCCGGCCAUCUAAGGGGUUUCACCCUUGCAAAAAGGACCCAUCCAAAUAUGUGACUUCUUUGGACUUUGACGACCAGGGCGACUUCCUGAUCGGCGCCGGCAACGAUGAUAGCAUGCACGUCUACGACGUGAAGGAGGGGAAAUACAACAAAUCAGUGGCAAGCAAGAAAUAUGGUGUUCAUCUGGCGAGAUUCACCCACCACUCCCGUCAAGUCCUUCACGCGAGUACCAAGAUUGAUAAUAAUUUGCGGCUACUGGACCUCCACAAUGAGGGAUACAUUCGGUAUUUCACUGGAAGUAACGACCAAGUAACCUGUCUAGCGCUUUCACCCGCCAGCGAUGCCUUUAUGUCUUGCUCCAAGGAUGAUACUGUGACGCUCUGGGACCUGAAUUCAAGGAAUCCGCAAGGAAAACUGAAUCUUGCGACGCCAUAUCUCGCUGCAUUCGAUCCUUCGGGCGCCGUCAUUGCCAUUGCUUCCCAAUCCACAUCCUCAGUCCUUCUCUACGAUUUCCGCAACUUCGAUAAAAUGCCUUUCUCUACCUUCGACCUUGCUCCAUACGAGGAGAGAUGCACACCCUCGACGCGUGGCCGGGCAUGGACUCGGUUGGAGUUCUCCAAUGAUGGAAAAUAUCUGAUGCUGGGAACAGACUACCAUGGUCACUAUGUUCUAGAUGCCUUUGAUGGUACAGUCAAGGCUUUCCUAGCCGGCAAGAGUGGAGCAUCUGGUCGUGCUGCGCCUAUAUCCACGACUGGCAAGCCUCUCGGACAAGGCGAUGCAUGCUUCUCCCCUGAUGGUCGAUAUGUUUUCGGUGGCAAUGGUGACCAGCAUGGCAUGCUUGUGUGGGAUCUGGGGCAGAUCGGCGGCGGAGACAUCAACCUGCAGCCCUCAGCCCGGCUGUCAUCUCCGAGCCGCACCGCCAUGGUGGAAUACAACCCGCGUUACAACAUGAUUGCCACCGCUGACAAGGAAAUCAUUUUCUAUGUACCCGACGACCAUGGCAAAUCGUCCGAGAAGUAG